AUGCCGCUGCAGCCGCGGCUGCUUCGCACCUACUCGCGGCGCGCCGGCUACCUGCGCCCGCUGCCGCCGCCCGACCGAUGGAUCUCGCCGCCGCAGAACCGCAAGAGCCUCUUCAGCUCGACCUCCGCCGCCUCCAGCGCCGCCUCCAGCGCCCUCUCCGCUUCCAGCGCCGGCUCCACCCCCUCGGACGACCCCGACUUCUCGCCGCCCGGCAAGCGGCCCCUGCAGGCCCUCGGUAAGCGCCCCGCCUGGGCCCGGCGGCUGCGGACCCGCAGGAAGGAGAACCGGGGCUCGGCCGGGAAGGAGAACCGGGAACCGGCCGGGAAGGAGAACCAGGGGCGGGGGACGCGGGGCCGAGGAAAGGAGAACCAGGAGCCGCCGAGGAAGAAGAAGCCGAGCCAGAGCAAAGAGCCCCGCGGGCGCAGAGAGGAGCCCCGGCGCUCGCCGCCCUCGCUGUCCUCGCCCUCACCGUGCCCGUCGCCGUCCCCGCCGCGCGGUUCGCGGCGCCGCCGGCAGGGCCCGCUGUGCGCGGCGCGGCCGCCGCUGCUGUGCAGCACCCCGCAAUGGGCGCCGCUGGUGCUCAGCUCCACCGCCGACAGCGCCUCGGCGCCCGGGGACAGCCCCCCGCCCCGCCGCCGCCGCCGCCGCUCGCCCCUGCGCCUCAGCUCGCUCCUGCUCAGCACCACCAUCGAGGGCGGCUCGGCGCUGGGCGAGUCCCGCUCGCAGCACCGGCUGCCCCGCGGCUCGCCCGAGGGGUGCUCCGGGCAGCGGCCGUCGCUGCUGAGUGCUGGCGAGGAGGUGCCUGAGUGGUUCCGAGCGCGAGACUCGGCUCGGAGCUGUGAGCCCCAGCCCGGGCUGCGGGGGUCCCGCCGUGGUCUGAGGUUGGCGGUGCGGGGACCCUGCCCGGCACAGGCUGCACCGUCCCCGCUGAAAGCCCCAAGCACUUCCCCGCCCCUGGAGGGUGAGCCACAGCCCCUUGUGUCCUGUGACAGUGGCACUCGUGAGGAGCCCUGUGAGGUCCGAUCUCAUCUCACAAGAUGUUCGGCAAAAAAAAACUCGAGUUGUCAGAGAGACCUGGCCAAAGAGUACCAGCUUGUGCCAGUGGUGGUCCUGGACCCUCUGGAAGUGCCAAUGAGGUUGAAGAGCAUGAAACCCAGCAAUCAGGCUGAUGUUCAACCUGCCUGCCUGCAGCCAGGAUCUCCCGUGGGCCGCCAGGGGAUCUUGGAGAACAAGCACAAAAGGACCAAGGGUGUCCCUGGGGAGGGCAGCACCUGCAGGAAAGCUUGUAUCAGUGGCUUCAGUGCCAGCCGCUGGGGCAGGCACACCCGCCUCCGGCCGAGAAGGCACAAGAACAAGAGGCAGCAGCAGCCCAAUAAUUCCCUUUUCAGACUCCAGACGAGGCAAAAACGAACUCGGAGGAGAGCUCUGGAGAUGUCUGUAGGUCUCAGAGACAGUGACUCUUCACUCCUCAAUAACUCCUAUUCCUGGGCUAGAGUUCGAGCGUCUCUGUCCUUCCAUAAAAAGAAGAAAGUGACCACAGAUGAGAGUUUCUGCAGCAGCAUCCUCUGCACCCCCUCAGGGAAAUCCCAGCUUUCGGGGUACCAAGCCAGCCUGUCUGCUGGAAAAGCUCAGGGCUGCUCCUGGUUUGCUUCCUCCAUGGUCCUGCUGGCUCCCAAGGAUUCCUCCUCUGUCCUGGAGGAGCUGCUCCUUACAGAUGCUGAGAAAGUGUUUGGAGAAUGCAACCAGGAGGGGCCUAUUGCUUUUGAGGAGUGCAUUCCUUUAAAUAAGAUGAAAGAUUGCAAGAAAAUUGGAGAAGGGGUGUUUGGAGAGGUGUUCCAGAUUGACAACGAGAGAGGACCUGUGGCCUUAAAAAUAAUUCCCAUUGAGGGGACUGAAAAAGUAAAUGGUGAAGCUCAGAAGAGCUUUGGGGAGAUUCUGCCUGAGGUAAUAAUUUCAAAAGAGCUCAGUCUUCUGUCUGAGGGCUCUGUGAACAGAACUGUGGGGUUCAUCAGCCUCUACUCUGUGCACUGUGUCCAGGGGGCCUAUCCCAGGUAUCUCCUGGAAGCCUGGGACAAAUUCCACAAAGAAACAGGCUCGGAAAACGACCGGCCAGACUUUUUUGGGGCCCAGCAGCUGUUCAUGGUGCUGGAGUUUGAGUUUGGAGGCCGGGACCUGGAGCGCAUGAGGGGCAGCUUCUCCUCGGUGGCGUCGGCCAGGAGCAUCUUGCACCAGGUCACUGCAUCGCUGGCAGUGGCAGAGCAGGAGCUGCACUUCGAGCACAGGGACCUGCACUGGGGGAACGUGCUGGUCAGGAGCACAGAGCUGAGGGAGCUGCAGUAUGUGCUGAGUGGAGAGACACACUCCAUCCCCACUGCUGGCCUCCAGGUCAGCAUCAUCGACUACACCCUGUCCCGCCUGGAGAAGGACGGGCUCACCGUCUUCUGUGACCUCUCCACGGACCUGGAGCUCUUCCAGGGCACCGGGGACCCCCAGUUUGACAUCUACAGGCAGAUGAAAGAGGAGAACUCCAACAGCUGGACUGACUACCACCCCCACAGCAACGUCCUCUGGCUGCACUACCUGGCUGAUAAAUUUUUGAAAGCCAUGAGCUACAAGAGGAAGGCAACAACUCCUGCCCUGAAGAAAAUCAAGAUGCAGCUCAGCAAGUUCCACAAGGAAGUGCUGACCUUUGGGUCUGCCCUUGAUGUUCUGCACCACAGCAGCCUCUUCCAGUGA